UCUUUUUUUUAUUUUUUAAAUUUUUUCUUUUUAAUGAAAAUUACCGAAGCGCGUUGCAAAAAAAAAAAAAGGAGGCUCUCCCAGUGCUUUGUGCCACACUGGAUCCCGAGGAGGUCAGUUUCAUGAAUUCAAAAGCAACUUACCAGUGAUUUCUGGGAGCUGGGGCUGAUUUUCUUGUGUAUUUAAGAAUGUCUUCCAAGCAGGCUACCUCUCCAUUUGCAUGUGCAGCUGAUGGGGAGGAAACAAUGACCCAGGACUUAGCACCACGAGACAAGGAGGAGGUUGGCAACAGCGAGCAGCACGCGGCCCCUCAUCUGCCUCUGCACAAUGUCAUGCACAACAAACCUCACGGCGAGGAGCUCCCCGCGACCCUGGUCACCACCAUCCAGCAGGACCCCGAGUGGGACGGAGUCAUCUCAGCCCAACACAGAAUGGAGUCAGAGAGUAAUAAGUUAUGUUCCCUGUAUUCCUUCCGAAAUACCUCUACCUCACCAAACAAGCCCGACGAAGGAGGUCGCGACCGCAGCGAGCUAAUGACCAGUGUUAACUUCGGGACGCCCGAGCGCCGCAAGGGAAGCCUAGCAGAUGUGGUGGACACACUGAAGCAGAAGAAACUAGAAGAAAUGACCAGGACUGAGCAAGAAGAUUCAUCCUGUAUGGAAAAGCUACUUUCUAAAGACUGGAAGGAGAAGAUGGAAAAAUUAAACACAAGUGAUCUCCUUGGAGAAAUUAAAGGUACCCCAGAAAGCCUGGCAGAAAAAGAGCGGCAGCUCUCGACCAUGAUCACCCAGCUGAUCAGCUUACGGGAGCAGCUCCUGGCUGCCCACGACGAGCAGAAAAAGCUGGCAGCCUCACAAAUCGAAAAACAACGGCAGCAAAUGGACCUUGCUCGCCAACAGCAAGAGCAGAUUGCAAGACAACAGCAGCAACUUCUGCAACAGCAGCACAAAAUCAAUCUACUGCAGCAGCAAAUUCAGCAGGUUCAGGGUCACAUGCCUCCGCUCAUGAUCCCAAUUUUUCCACACGACCAGCGGACACUGGCAGCGGCUGCUGCAGCCCAGCAGGGAUUCCUCUUCCCCCCAGGAAUAACAUACAAACCAGGUGAUAACUACCCUGUGCAGUUCAUUCCAUCAACAAUGGCAGCUGCUGCUGCUUCUGGACUCAGCCCUUUACAGCUCCAGCAACUGUAUGCAGCUCAGCUGGCAAGCAUGCAAGUUUCUCCUGGAGCCAAAAUGCCAUCUACUCCACAGCCACCAAAUACAACAGGGGCACUUUCACCCACUGGGAUGAAAAAUGAGAAGAGAGGGACCAGCCCGGUAACUCAAGUUAAGGAUGAAGCGGCUCAGCCUCUGAAUCUCUCAGCCCGACCCAAAACAGCUGAACCUGUCAAAUCCCCAACAUCUCCAACGCAGAAUCUCUUCCCAGCCAGCAAAAGCAGCCCAGUGACAGUGACGAGCAAGAGUGGCAUCCCCAGCCCGCUCAGUGGGUCCCUGGGAAGAGGAUCCUCUUUAGAUAUCCUUUCCAGUCUUAAUUCACCUGCCCUAUUUGGGGACCAGGACACAGUAAUGAAAGCCAUUCAGGAGGCUCGAAAAAUGAGAGAGCAAAUCCAAAGGGAACAGCAGCAGCAGCAGCAGCCUCAUGGUGUGGAUGGAAAAUUGCCCUCCAUGAAUAACAUGGGUCUAAACAACUGCAGGAAUGAAAAGGAAAGAACAAGGUUUGAAAAUUUAGGCCCACAGUUAACAGGGAAACCCAAUGAAGAUGGAAAAAUUGGCCCCGGUGUCAUCGAUCUUACAAGGCCAGAAGAUGCAGAAGGGAGUAAAGCAGUGAAUGGCUCAGCAGCUAAACUACAGCAGUAUUAUUGUUGGCCAACAGGAGGGGCCACGGUGGCUGAAGCCCGGGUGUACCGGGACUCGCGGGGCCGCGCCAGCAGCGAGCCCCACAUCAAGCGGCCGAUGAACGCCUUCAUGGUCUGGGCCAAGGACGAGCGCCGGAAAAUCCUCCAGGCCUUCCCCGACAUGCACAACUCCAACAUCAGCAAAAUCCUAGGAUCUCGCUGGAAGUCCAUGUCAAACCAAGAGAAACAACCUUAUUACGAAGAGCAGGCACGACUAAGUAAGAUCCACCUAGAAAAGUACCCCAAUUACAAGUACAAGCCUCGACCAAAACGCACCUGCAUCGUGGAUGGGAAGAAGCUGCGCAUUGGGGAGUACAAGCAGCUGAUGAGGUCUCGGAGGCAGGAGAUGAGGCAGUUUUUUACCGUGGGACAACAGCCUCAGAUUCCGAUCACCACGGGAACAGGAGUUGUCUACCCUGGUGCUAUUACCAUGGCGACCACCACGCCGUCCCCUCAGAUGACAUCAGAUUGCUCCAGCACCUCUGCCAGCCCUGAGCCCAGCAUCCCUGUCAUCCAGAGCACUUAUGGUAUGAAGACGGACAGCGGAAGCCUUCCUGGAAACGAAAUGAUAAACGGAGAGGAUGAAAUAGAAAUGUACGAGGACUAUGAGGAUGAUCCCAAAUCAGACUAUAGUAGUGAAAACGAAGCCCAUGAGGCAGUCAGUGCCAACUGAGGAGUGUUCACAGAAUUAAAGUACUCAGACUCAUUUGGGUUUUUUUGGGGUUUUUUUGAACAAAAGUUCUUAAAGAGCCUGCAUGCAUGUGUGGCUCCUACAGUUACAUCAGCAGAAUGGUCUUAAAUGUUUCUUAUCGUGUGAGACAGAUUGUUUCCCUAAUUUUUCAUGAACUUGGGUUUUUUUUGUUUAGUUUUGUUUUUUUAAUUUAGAUGAAGACAUAAAUAUCAGACAUCAGGACUUGAGAACUUAUAUGAAUCAAUAGCUGUCUUACAAGUCUUACCUUUUGUCUUUUUCCGUUUGGAUGCUGAUAAAGGUUUAAGUUACUGUUUUAGAUGGGGGUUAUACAUUCUCACUCAGGUAUGCUGUGCCAGCCUACAGGUUGUGAAUGUGUUUUUAUUCUGGAUUAUUUUAGAAAACAAAAACUGCAGAUUUCAUAUUGUGAAACAGAACAAGUCCGCAAGUGUGCACACCUGUGCAUCAUAGCUUGUCUUUAAAAAAUAGUCUCUGAAUUCCAUUUUUUUUCCAUAUGUAUAGCUGAACUUCUGAUGUGCCAAACUUUUCAUAACUUUUGAAUCUUAACAUUUAAACGAAAAAGUCUUAAAGGAGACACUGUAAAGUCUUAGACAAUCCUUUGGCAUCUUAAAAAAAAUUAUAUAUGAAACCUAAUUUUUUUCCAGAAUAUGGUAAAGUACUCAGGAAUCUGGAGACAGGAUAUUCUUAAUUAGUGAACAUGGUUGCCAUAGUGCAUGUGCCCAAUUGCUUUUGCCUCUUGAUGUGCCAUUAGUGUGAAAUUUUAAGUAAGCACAAAAGAGCGAUCACCAGCUAUGGACAGGCCUGUCUUAGCAGUGUGAGGCCACCUCUGAUUACAUUCUCUACCCCUUUGCUUUUAACCCUUGCAUUCAGUCUUAACACAUUUUCUCUUAAAUAAUUUAUUCAUUCCAGAAUGUCAAGGGUCCAAAUACUUAAUAUUUAUUUUUAAAAGUACAGUUGGUGGCAUUACACUUACAAUUCCUUAUUGAUAUUUUAAAGAGCCUCUUCUUUUCCCCUCCCUAAAUCACACAGGUAUAUGAAAAUAAAAGUGCACCUGCUACUAAAAUGAACAUGACCUUUAUGAGUGAGAAAUUCACUUGUUCCUCUAACACUGUAUGUUCAAGGAGCACUUGGAAACACUCUGCUAUAUGUAUUGCAAAAUAAAGUGAGUACUUUUAUAUGUACAUAGAGUACAAAUACCCUUAAAAAUGUGUUUAUAGUUAUAAACCUCUACACUUAGCAAGGGCAGAUGUCAAAUCCAAACUGCAUUUACAGUCCACCAUGCUGAAUUUUUAGGGCCAGAGGAACCUGUGGCAAAUCAUGGCUCUGUACAUCAUGUUCCCAUUGCCACCUGAAGGAACUGUGCUACCCUAAGUAUUUAUGCAGUGAUUUAUUUGUGAGACUCCAAGUGGGGGAGGGAGGGACACUCAAAUAUCUAAUAGCAAAGGUUGGAAAAUGGGUCAUCAAAAAUAUUUAUUGUAUAUUAGUCAUGUGGGAAUGUGACUCGUCAAGAGCUUUGGGAUGUAAGGUGCUAUAGAAAUUUAGAUUUCUGUUUGUAUUACUUCUAGAAACAGUGCAAUCACUGGAGAAAAUUCUGGGAAAUAUGCAAGAUUCAAUUCAAAGAUUGUGAUUCUGUUAGAUUUCAAAGAUGGAGGAGAAACUGCCUUUAUUUUUUCCCCUCAUACUCCACUUCUGUUCACAAAUAGAUCACUGUAUAUACAUACAGUUCCAAUAGGCCUGAGGAAUAACUGUGCUGAAGAUCCUCAACUCUUUUAUUUGGAAUUGGCUGUGUUCAGCACACUGGUGAUAAAUUCAGGCUCGUGCUGAGAGGUACCAGGGGGCCUGGAGCAGCUCCUCUGGAAGUCUUGAGCAUCUUCUCAUGGAGCUGCACAGGUUUGCUUCGGACAGCAAAAUGAGCCUGUGCUAGUCUGGCUGUCCUUGUGCCUCCUGCUCUGCAGACACUCCUGUGAGCUGCAAUGGCAGGAUGCUCUGUGGAGGAGCAGUCUCCUUCCUGACAGCCCCACUGAUCCCUGUCCUGUCAGAAACAGCCACUUUUGCCACUGUAGGAAUCGCGUUUCUAUGUGAGAGAACGGCCCCCCGAGACAAAGAAGAUUGUUCAAUUUACAGGACAAUUUAUAAAGAUAAUGGCAUAGAAACACAAUGGUCAAAUUUCUCUGACCAUUUUGUAAUUUGGAACAAAAAAAGCUAUAUUUUUAAUAUUUAUUUAACUGUGUUCUGAGUCCAUGUCUAAUAAGCAAUAAACUGGUCUAGCCAAGUCUUCAAAGGCAUAUGCUGUGUCAUUAGCUGGUGAGCGUCCUCUUUAAGCUGGCUAAGGUACUGAUAGAAAGUGGUUUUUUGUUCUUAAAAUAGCUUGGGAAUUUGAACUGGUUUUAAUACAUUCAGCUCAGAUUGGGGGGAGGACAUCAUUAUUUCAUAAAAAAAAAAAAGACUAUUUAUUAAUGUCUUACAUAAUUCUCCAGUUAGAAGUAUUUCUCCCUCCCCCCACGUCACUUUCUCUCUUGCUCUCUUUUUUUUCCUGGUUUUGUUGCAUAGGUAGAAUGCUGUAUUGCUAGCAUUGUAUUUUAUGUAAUUAUUUUUUUGCACAAAAGCAAACAUUUAGAUUAGUAGUUUAAUUUUUUUUUUUUUUUAAUUUUAUGACCAUGCCAAAAUAAUAUUCUGCAGGCUUGUGGAGAACAAAGGACUGUUCUUUAGGACUGAAACUUGAUUUUGCUUGUAGUACAAAAAAAACACACACUCACAGAUGUUGUUUCGUAAGUGUUAUAAGCACUGGAUAUAAAUGGUAUUUUUUAUCACUUCUGACUAAUGUGAAACUGUUGUACGAAAACUACAUGAACAAAAGUCAUCUGUUUCGACUCGUGUGGGCCUGCCUCACAGUUGCCGGAUUUGAGUCAUUUUUAUGUCUUGUUAUUUCAUUUAUUUAUGCAAAAUACAUGUAUGUAUGAACACUUUGUUUUAGCUCCAGCCCUGCCUCAGUGCUGAUGCUCUGUAUGUUAAAGCCGCAUUCUCGAAAAUGACUGGCUGUUCAGGAAUCACCAGCUGGUAAAAAUUGCAUUUACUGGCUGGGGGAGUGGGAGGAACAUAUUUGAAUCUGAAUUGUGCCUAUGAGCAUGUUAUUCUAUUUAUUAGCCGACAUUGGCUCUAAAAUGUCAGUAGAAAUCAAGGAUGGACAAUCAUAAGGAUGAAACCCAACAUUUUUACUUUGUUAAUCGGAGCUCAAAACAAAGUUUUUUGAUGAAUUUGCCAUCUCAUUUUAGAUUUUUUUUAAAUUGUGUAAAUAUAACAUAGGAAAUAGAAUUUUAUUUUUUGUUCAUGGAUACUUAGUGAAGUAUAAGUUAUGUAUUUACUUUUGUUCUAUAUCAGUGUAUGUUGGUCCAUAUUAAAUGCUGACAAGUCACUGUACCUCAUGUAGAUGCUGAAUUUACACCCGCAGUGUGAGCGCAGUAUUGUGGACCUGUAGCUGGGGCAGCAAGAUGCCUCACUUGUGCUCCCUCUGAUUUUUAAUAGCAUAUUCCACAAACAGGAAAUACUUUCUUCUUUUUUAGAAAGUUGAUACAUGAAACGUGUCAAAUUUUGGCUACAUUCGAUGGGAAACACAGUCUUCUGAAUCCAAGUAAAAGCAAUGAGAUAUUUUACUUAACAAGAAUGACAUUUGGAAGUCAAAAGCAUAUCCCUGAAAUAUUAAAAUGACUGAAAUGGCCCUUGCAAUGCAGGCAAGACUCAGUGAUAUCAAAGUUUUAUGUUGUACAUCCAUUAAAUCAUGUAUUUGUUACAUUAGGCUAUAACACCAGAGAAAUUGUUCACACAAUACACAGAGAGGAUUCGUGGAAUUGCUUCUUAAGCUUUGUGUUCAAGGCCCCUUAGAAACUGACUGGAAAAAUAACUCCAUUCAGGAGCACUAAUAUAGUAAUACUAUUUUCUCUGUGAACAGUUUAUUUAAUUAACAGAUACAAUAUAUUUUCUUUUGGAAAAUUAUUAAAUACUUAUAUUCAAGAGAAGGAGAUUCCCCAAACAGUCUGGUACCAGCCAGAAUAGUUCACUUCUUAUUUUACAAAAAUGGAAGAGAAAGGUCCCAAUGGAAACCAUACUGCUUUCCAGGGUUUAUGUGCAGAAACAAGUCUGGAGAACUGUGCAGAUUCUGCUCUGCCUGUAUGUUUGGGCAUCACCAUUUAGCUUGUGAAACCACCUGCUGAGCACUCACAGGAUCCCAACUCAGUGCUCCAAAAUCAGUGCACUCAGGUGCAGGGGGAGGGAAAAGACAGAGGGAUGGCUCUGGGAUGGAAAUGCAAACCCAACAGCAGCAUUAGCCCCAGUAAAUGCACCUCCCUGGGCAAAGUGCACAGCAGCCAGCUGUGAGCAGCCUCUGCUUUGGACAAACACAACACAGCCACCUCCCACUGCCAUCUAAUCUCCGGGCUGGCUUUCUGCAUUUUGGUUUUUGGCCACAUCAAUGGCAUGGCAUUUCAAAAUCAUCUCCCAGCAAAACAUUCUACAAGAUUUAGGCCCCAUCCUCCCCCAGAAAAUCACCUGCCUACCUGCCUGACAUGAAGCAUGUCAGUGCUUCCACAGUGGUCACAGUGCUGGUGCUAAGUGGGGUGAGCUUUGCUGAGCCAGGGCCACAGCAAGAACAACUGCACUGGAGAUGCAGCCAGCAGGAUGUAUGAUAGAGCUCUUCAUGCUUUUAUGAGAAGUUAAUGAAUGGGCUUGGACCCCUUGGUGUUUUGCAUGCUUUUUUAAGAUUCAAGGUGGCACUUACUUAAGCAUGUUCUUUUAAAAGAAUAAUACUAAAUGACCUCAUUUGAUAAUUUACAAAACACUUUUUUCCUUUAAAAGAAACUUCUUCUAAACUUUUUUUGGUUUUUGGUACAACCCAUUAAAAUCUGUGAUUUUUCUCAGAUCAAGCUACAUUUUUGAUAUGUAGCAGUGCCCUGCUACAGAAGGAAAAAAACAAUGCAUAUGCAAAAUAAUUUCAUUUUAAUCUGGAGCCUUUUCUUAACUGCCAGAAUUGUUGGAAAUGGUGACAAAGAAGUAUUCUGAGAUUUCACACGCUGGGUAAAAAGGGGUAGGGUGGGGUGAACUGGGCUGAAGGAAAACUUAUCAAAUUGGUAUUUAUGGCAAUAUGAAAGCUAUAAAGCAACUUAGUGACAUGGCUUGCUUUGUAAUUUCCGCUUUCUAAAAACCACAAGUGAGGUCCUUGGUGCUCUUGGAAUAUGGGGAAUGUGCAAAUAUUUAACUGUUUGUAUGCUGCACAUUGCAGACCUGCUAGUGUGCAUUCUCCGUUUGUCUUCCUUUGUCAUUUGUGUUUUGCUUUCCAGAAAGCAAUGUUGUUUUUUUUUCUUGUACCUUUCUUCAGCUUGUAGCAAACUAGAAUGCUUAGCAUUUAUGUUCAUUCAUUAUUGUAUUUCCCAUGUAAAAUUUUUUUUAUUACAUUAAGACAAGCUUAUAAGCUGUUACUACAUAACUUAUCUUACUGUAACUCUUAUUUCCUGACAUUGUAAUUUGUUUGUGAUGUAUAUUGUGAGAUUGUACUCUAUGUUAAUUUAAUCAGCACAAUUCACUGACAUGCUGGACUGACAUGCUAGCUGCUGUUUCAAAUUGUAAAGUUUGUGUAGAGCUGUUGGGACAACUGAGACUCUCUUGUCAAGGUACUAUGCUUUGAUUCCUAUAGCAACACCCUGGGUGCAGCUCUUACUGGCGAGGGCUGCUUGUUUAACAGCCACUGGCUACUUAAUGGGCAGGUUUUCUUUGUAGAAAUUCUAUAUACAGUGCAGGUACCUACCUGGGCCCAUGGCCGGUAAUUAUUUGGGCGUUUAGAGGAAAAACUAGUGUCUAUUGCUGCUUUGAAUAUGUUUUAAAGUCUGAAAAUGUAAAUAGUUUAUCAAAAAAAAAAAAUCUUGUACAGUCCAGUGUAAAGUUUUUAAAUGAACUUAAAGGUUGCCAUCACAUCUCACACUCUCCUCUUGAUACAGUAAAAAGAAAAAAAAAGAAAGAAAAAAGUUUGCUAAGAAUAUUGAUUUAAGGAAAAAAAAUCUGUUCUCAGAUUAAGAAAGAGAAUAGUUAUUCUUAGCUCUGCUUCAUUGCAUAAACAGACUUCUUGGAUUUUGUUGUGCAGUAUUGACGUGAGGUAAAUUAAAUAUUAAAUAAUCUUUCAGUGGUACUUUUAAGAGUCUUCUCCUCCUCUGCCUCAGUUAUUGAUGGAAAAGACAAAAUUGAAAGACACUGUCCAUAUACAGUAUGUUCUGGUGUACGUUGGCACCUUACCUACAUGUUUCGGGUGGGAGGGAUUUUAUAAAUUUUUUUUCUUUUUUUCUUUUUUUUUUUUUUUUUGCACAAGGUGCUUUCCUGAUAUGUUAAACAUGUCAUCCUUGGGUGAUACAGUAUAUGCCAUGAUAGGGGUUUAGACCCCUCAGGGGAGUGUCUAUAAGACUGCCUAUUUAUGCUCAUUU